UCACGUGCUGGUACGCUAACCCUCUUCGUUGAACGCUUGCUCGACCUUUGUGCAUCAACUCGCUCAUCUGCAUUCAUGGGACUCAAGCGUCCCCGAGAAGAAACCAUGGGGGAGAACAAGGCUGAGAAGCGGGAGAAGCCCGACCAGGCGACGUCGCCGUUCAUGCCAAUGUUUGAAAACUUUCGCAAGGAGUUAGACGAGCAUCACGACAGGCGCGAACGGAUCAUCAAAGCUUCGCGUGACAUCACGGCGUCAAGCAAAAAAAUAAUUUUCACUCUGCAGAGGGUUCGCAAGCUUGGACAGCCAAUGCCUCAAUUUGUUGUGAAAGGCAACGCGCAAUACUGGGAAACCAUCGAGAAGCAGUACCAGUCAAUCAGUGCGGAUGUCCAGGGAUUGAACGCCUUCCGGUAUGGCAGCAACAUUACUGGGGGCAAUCAGGAGUUCAUGGAAGCUCUUAGUUUCCAGCAUUAUCUAGAGAACCAGACGCUCGUAUCAUACGAAGAAGCCAAGUCCAAAAUUGCAAGCAUGAGCGGUGCUGGUGGAGCAGUUCUGCUCACACCAGAGGACUACAUUCUGGGCAUCUUCGAUAUGGUGGGUGAGCUGAUGAGGUUCUCAAUCACGACGAUGGCUACGAACGGCAAGCUUCCCGCAGGCGAACCAAAAACGGCGGGGACUAGCAAUCGAGAUUCACAUGAAGACAAAAUGGACGUCGAUCAGCAACCACCCGUUACCGUUAGCGAUGGGGAGCCGCGAAAUGUGUUGUCGGAUCUACGGGCGUUGAGGCUCCAGUUGGAGAUGUUCGAGCCGUCCGGCGGAAGGUUUGAAUCCGAUGUGCGGAAGAAGGCAGAUGUGAUGCGUGAGUGCGUAGAUAAGGUGGAAAAGGCGCUUUAUGGUCUCAUGGUGCGAGGGACGGAACGACCAAAGGGCUGGGUCCCUGGAUUGAGGGAAGAAAAGCGAGCAGAAGUCGAGAGUCACUAA